UAGAAUGAAGUCAGAGCUUGGCCUUACAGUUGUAUUACGGCCGGGAUCGAGUGCAAAUCAUGAUAAAACCCAGAGACAUUUCCUGUCCAACAAUCAGCAACUCUGUUGUCUAAAAAUGGUGCAAUUUGAGUUGUGAUUAGUGCUCCAGAUCCUUGUUAUCUUCAACACUUCAUGGAAAAGGGUUUACAAUUAAUCUGAUUGAGCGACAUUGAAACCUGUCCAUAGCAAGAACACAUCUGUUUGCAAAAGUUAAUCAUGGCAUCUGACAACCGGGUGAAUCGGAAGAAAUCAUUAGCUGUUACCAAUCGCUAUAAGCUUGUGGUCGUGGGCGAUGGAGCUUGUGGUAAAACCAGUCUGCUAACCAUCUUUAAGACUGGUAAGUUUCCCGACAAGUACAUACCCACCAUCUUUGAGACGGCAGUUGCUUAUCUUAUCCCAGAGGGCGCCACUGAAAAACAGGACGAGGUGGAACUCACCCUCUGGGACACGGCGGGUCAAGAAUCCUACGAAAAGCUCAGACCACUCUCCUACCCCGGAUCAGAUGUGGUUUUGAUUUGCUACUCCAUUGACAGACCCGAAUCUUUAGCCAAUGUCGAGACUCUUUGGGCUCCGGAGAUCAAGCGCCAUUGUCGAGAUGUUCCUGUGGUUUUGGUGGGAAAUAAGACGGAUCUCCGCGAGAGUCACACUUCCGCCGAAGAUGAUCUGGUCACAAGUGCAGCUGGCACGAGGAUGAGUAACAAGAUCAAGGCCACGUGCUUCUUGGAGUGCUCAGCCAAGGCCAAUCAGGGCGUGUCGGCUGUGUUUCAAACCGCGGCAAAGGCCGCCAUUAUUCAUCGCCAUGAAAACCUCUUUGUACGAAACAUUAAGAAAACGUGCCUAUUGAUCUAACAAUUGAGUUUUCGUUUUAGGCCAUUCAAAAUGUAUCAUCUGACUCGUAACGAUAUAAAGUUAUUUAAUUGCGA